AUGAAGAAAAGAUCUAUUAUUUUGGCUUUUGUUAUUUUGGUUGCCUUAUUUCAAGGUGUAUUUGCCCAAGUCAAGCAAUGUAAUUCUGCAAAUAAUUUUUGCUUGACUUCAACGGUUCCAAGUACAAUGAAAGCAGAUGAUGUAGCUACGUUUGAGAUGACUGCUCCUUCAACCAUUGGGUGGAUCGCCAUGGGAAUCGGUGAUUCUAUGAUUGGAAGUUACAUGGUGAUUGCAUGGCCUACCACAACAAAUUCUGUGGCUAUUUCUCAACGUAUUGCCUAUAGAUAUUCCGUCCCGGAAGUAACUGAUCAACAAAGUGAUAUAACGUUACUACCCUCUAGCGGUGUUCAAGAUGGUGUAUUUACCGUGAAAUUUACGCGACCACUUGUCGUCGUGAAUUCAACUAUUACUUCCACUACUUCAGACUUUGUCUGGGCUCUUCACUCUACUGAUCGUCCCUCUGAUGAUCCUUAUACAACGACCAUUACUCGCCAUAAUGACUUAGGUCAUAUGACGUUAACAGGCACUAUAUCAAAUUAUGAUAAAUAUAUAAUUGCUCAUGGUCUUUUAAUGUUUUUCACUUGGGGUAUUGUUAUACCUGGUUCAAUAUUUAUUAUUCGUUUCACGAGGAAUAUUAUUCCAGCCCAAUUUGUCCCGUUACAUUGGGGUAUCAUGUCUUUCUUGGCUGUACCAUUGAUCAUUAUUGGUUUAAUAUUGGCCAUCGCUGCCGGUGUGAAAUUUAAUUCAAACAACACGCAUCACGUUCUUGGCGUAAUUAUUUUUAUUUGUUUCUUUCUUCAAUUAGCCCUAGGAUGGAUUCAUCACCACUUAUACGAUCCAGCGCGUAAACACUUUGCUUGGUGGACGAAGCUUCAUUGGUGGUUUGGAAGAAUAUUAACUCUUGGAACCUUUUAUCAAAUAUCUCUUGGUCUCGCCCUGUAUAAUGUUGGAAGUCCGCUGGUGACGGCCUAUUACAUCUGGGUCAUUAUUAUCAUCCUAUCAUAUCUCUCAUUAUCUAUUUAUCUCUGGAGGAAAAGAAAAACGGAAUUAGAUUUACACGGAUCCUCGACUAUUUUAUAUACUGGAGUACGUAAAGAAGAUCCGGAACAAAUUGAGAGCCUUAUGCCACCAUAUGCUACGUGA